UUGGCGGUCCGCGGCGGCGGCGGUGGGGCGACGGCGGUGGGGCGACGGCGACAUGGAGAGCGGGGCCUACGGCGCGGCCAAGGCCGGCGGCUCCUUCGACUUGCGGCGCUUCCUGACGCAGCCGCAGGUGGUGACGCGCGUCGUGUGCCUGGUCUUUUCCUUGAUCGUGUUCUCCUGCAUUUUUGGUGAGGGAUACAGCAACACCCACCAGUCCAGACAGCAGUACUGCAUUUUCAACCACAACCAGGACGCGUGCGGCUACGGCAGCGCCAUCGGGGUGCUGGCCUUCCUGGCCUCGGCCUUCUUCUUGGUGGUUGAUGCCUAUUUCCCCCAGAUCAGCAACGCCACUGACCGCAAAUACCUGGUCAUCGGCGACCUGCUCUUCUCAGCUCUCUGGACCUUCCUGUGGUUCGUUGGCUUCUGCUUCCUUACCAACCAGUGGGCAGCCACCAAGAAGGAAGAUGUGCUGGUGGGGGCCGACUCGGCCCGGGCGGCCAUCAUCUUCAGCUUCUUCUCCAUCUUCUCCUGGGGUGCACUGGCUUCCCUGGCCUACCAGCGCUACAAGGCUGGAGUGGACGACUUCAUCCAGAACUACGUAGACCCCACUCCGGACCCCAGCACGGCCUAUGCCUCCUACCCUGGAGCGCCUGUAGACAACUACCAACAGCCACCCUUCACCCAGAACGCGGAGACCACCGAGGGCUACCAGCCGCCCCCCGUGUACUGAGCUGCAGCCGGGGAUGCUAAGGGAGGCAGGAAAGGUGCUCGGGGGAGGGGGGCCUGCCCCCUGGCCUGGACUCCUCCCAUGAGCCUUGCCUCCUGGAGCUGUGGCCCCUCUCCCGUCCAGCGUGCCCAUGGGAGCUGC